GCUUAUUUUCUGUUUCAGUAUUUGAUUUGAAAGGAAGCUGAAUGUCAUGGCUUUGCGUGAUUUUCGUGGAAUGUUCCUAUUUUUGUUGACAAUUCUAUUUCAUUUUCAUCGAACUAUGAGUGAAGGUGAUAAGGAACUGAUCAUGGUCAAUUUGGUAUAUCGCCAUGGAGAUAGGUCACCUGUUGCAGUUUUCCCUUCAGACACUCACAAGGAAAAUGUCUGGCCAAAUGGAUUAGGUUGGCUUUCAAAGAUUGGGAUGGAUCAACAUUAUGCUCUGGGCCAGUGGUUCAGAAAUCGCUAUAUGAAGGACAAUACUCUACUGAACUCUUCUUACAAACACAGUGAGAUAGAGGUAGCUAGCUCCAAUGAAGACCGGUGCCUGAUGUCUGCGUACAGUAACCUGGCUGGAUUCUAUCCUCCCACUGACCAGGAGAAGUUUGACCCCUCUAUAGAAUGGCAGCCCAUUCCUGUCCACACCCGACCAGAAAAGGAAGACAAUGUUAUUAAUAUGGGGAUGUUUUGUUCACGAUACAAUGAACUCUAUGAAGAGACGAUAUCCUCAAAAGAAGUACAGACAGAAGAAAAUCGGAACAAGGCGUUUUAUGAGCUGUUGCAGAAGAAAACAGGCUAUCCAGAUAUCAGCAUUAGAAAUGCGUGGAAGCCGGCCGAUACAUUGUUCUGCGAGAAAUCCCAUAAUAUGACCUUAGACCCUUGGGCAUUAGAAAAAUUUGGAAAUACCACCGUGUACGAUAAACUUAGGCAAUUAGAAGCCUGGCAGUUCCAUUUACUGUACUAUAAUAAAGAGAUGGCCAAAUUAAAGGGAGGACCCUUACUGAAGGAGAUGAGAGAUAACAUGGUCAACGCUUCUGGCAAGAACUACACAGGACCCAAGCUCUACAUGUUCUCUGGGCAUGACACAACUGUGGCCGCCUUGCUGAGUGCCCUGGGUCUGUAUAAGAACAUUACCGGCAGUCCUGUGUAUGCCGCCACUGUGAUGCUAGAACUAUAUAAGAAAGCUGAAUACUACUACGUGGAAAUACAUUACAAAGAUAAUCACUCAACCAACUCUAGUGCCUCCACAAUUCUUACUCUUGAAGGAUGUUCAGAGAAGUGUGAACUGAGUAAAUUCCUCUCACUGACGGCCGCUGCGGUGCCUAAAGACUGGAGGAGGGAGUGCGAGAGCCGUCACCACUCUAAAAAAUCUGGCAUCCAUUUAAGGACAUCUGAGAUUAUCUCCAUAGUUUUGGCAGUGGUCCUGAUUGUGACGUUAGUGUGCCUUAUACUGACCUGUGUCAAACUAAGGCGAUCAUCCGAGGGGGGAUAUAAGAGCUUUGUCAACCCAGAUAUAUAAGAUUUUAUUGUAAUGAGGACACUUAAUGGAUACAUAUGAAGGAGGUAUUUCUUGUAAAAAAAAAUAUUGGAGAUAAUUCAGGUUAUAUACAUACACAACAAGCAGAUAUUUUUGUGUAAAUUCAGUUGUUUAAGAUGUUAUCUAAUCUGGAAUGUUUUCCAAUUCAGCCAAUUUCUUUGGAACCAGUGAUGUCUGGAUUAGACAGGUUCUACUGUAAUUCCAUGGAAAAGAGAAAAAAUUAGCAUGAAAAAAAAAUAAGUGGAAUGGCAUUUUGGGGGGUUAUUCUAAACAGAUGGUGGCAAUAGUUUGAAUUUAGAAUUAUAUUUCAUUGUACAUUAAUUUCUAUUUUACAAUUUUUCUAGGACAUUUGAGUCAGUCUGAUGUGAAAUCUUGAAAAAAAAGACUAAUCAUGUCCUUUUCAAAGCUUUGUGUCUAUAUUCAGUUUGAAAUUAUGGGAAUAUGGACUCUGAAAUUGAACUUUAAAAGAACCCAGUAUCAUUUGAAAUACUAGUAAGUCUUUUAGCAUAAUAAUGUGCUUUGUACAUAGAUAUGCCAUUGCUUUAUUGUAUCAGCAUUUGAAGUUAUUUCUUUUCAGUUCAUUUAUUUUCUUGUAUAUAAAACUUCUCAAUUGAUGAAUUAAUGUAAAUGUACUAAAUUUAUAUCUGAAGAUUUUCUUUUUUAAUAACAAAGUUUUCUUUCACCAAACACUCAGUUGAGCUUUGCACAUAAUUUUUUUUCCUCCAGAUA